CAAACUCAAAUGAUUCGCGGGAUUUGUUUAAUGCUCCAACAAAUACACGUAUAAACACACACACACACAGACAUAAUGUGUAUAUAUACCCAUGGAUACAUUGUCUUUUUUCGGACAGGAGGAGCAGCGGUGAACCCAUCUGAACUGGGUUGGGGCUCUUCUGUUCGAUUCCUGAAACACCGGCAAGAAGAGGGAAAUGGAGCCGGGUCGGGUGGUGGGGUUCUUGUGGGUCAUCGGUAUGGUUCUGUCUCUCGCCGGCGGCGGCGGCGCUGCGGCGGCGGAGAAGGGUGUAACGUACGACGGGAGGUCUCUGAUUAUCGACGGCCAGAGAAAGCUUCUGUUUUCUGGUUCCAUUCAUUAUCCUCGCAGCACUCCCCAGAUGUGGCCAUCUUUGAUAGCCAAGGCAAAGGCAGGAGGAGUGGAUGUGAUUGAAACCUACGUUUUCUGGAAUCUCCAUGAACCCAAACCAGGACAGUAUGAUUUUAGCGGAAGAAAUGAUUUGGUGAAGUUCAUAAAAGAGGUCCAAUCCCAAGGUCUCUAUCUCUGCCUUCGCAUCGGACCCUUCAUCGAGGCAGAAUGGAAUUACGGCGGAUUCCCAUUUUGGUUAAGAGAUAUUCCCGGUAUUGUCUACCGGACCGACAACGAGCCCUUCAAGUUCUACAUGCAGAAUUUCACUACCAAGAUUGUGGAUUUGAUGAAAUCAGAAGGGUUAUACGCUUCGCAGGGAGGCCCAAUCAUACUUUCCCAGAUAGAGAACGAGUACGGCAACGUGGAGGAAGCUUUCCGAGAGCAAGGAGCGGCGUACGUACGGUGGGCGGGGAAAAUGGCGGUGGGGCUUCAGACCGGAGUGCCUUGGAUCAUGUGCAAGCAACCCGAUGCCCCCGAUCCCGUGAUCAACACAUGCAACGGGAUGAGAUGCGGAGAAACGUUCACGGGGCCGAACUCACCGGACAAGCCGAAGAUGUGGACGGAGAACUGGCCAUCCUUUUUCCAAGUUUUCGGGGGAGAGCCGUACAUAAGAUCAGCUGAGGACAUUGCUUUCCAUGUCGCUCUUUUCGUCGCCAAGAACGGAAGCUACGUCAACUACUACAUGUACCACGGAGGAACAAAUUUCGGGAGGACCACGUCUUCGUAUUUCAUAACAGGGUACUACGACCAGUCUCCUCUCGACGAAUACGGUUUGCUGAGGCAACCAAAAUACGGCCACCUCAAGGAGCUUCACUUGGCGAUAAAAUCUGUCGCGGAGCCUCUGCUACAAGGGAAGCAAACAUUUCUCUCUUUGGGUUCAUUACAAGAGGGCUAUGUCUUUGAAGACGCAACAAGUGGAUGCGUGGCCUUCCUCGUGAACAAUAACGCCAAGGCAGCUACCGUAACAUUCAGAAACAAUGCAUACCAGUUGCGUCCAAAGUCCAUUGGCAUUCUGCAGAACUGCGCCACCAUGAUCUUUGAGACAGCUCGGGUUAAUGUGGCAAAGAACAUCAGAGCUACGACAAGAGUUCAACUGUUCGACGCUGAGGACAAAUGGACAACAGUCACGGAGAGUGUUCCGAGAUUUUCAGACACAUCUUUCAGGGCAAAUGCUUUGUUGGAGCACACCAACAUGACCAAGGACACAACCGAUUACCUUUGGUAUACGACCAGGUUUGAUUCGAAAUCGGCCUGCAUGAACCCCGUGCUUCACAUUGAAUCCUUGGGGCAUGUUGUUCAUGCAUUUGUCAACAAUGUCCGGGCAGGGUCUGGACACGGAAGCCGGGACAUCAAGGUAGUUAAAAUGGACGUUCCAAUUCAGUUAACAAGCGGACCAAACUACAUCUCCAUCCUCAGUGCCAUGGUUGGCCUCCCGGACUCGGGACCUUUCUUGGAGAAGAAAUCUUUUGGACCGACCAAAGUGCAAGUGGACUGUUCAGGGACAAUGAAGUAUGAUUUGACCAGAUCUAAAUGGGGUUAUCAGGUGGGUUUGGUCGGGGAGAAGGCUAGGAUGCAGGACAAGAACAAAGUGAACAAGGCGAAGUCACUGAAGUGGAACAAGAACGGGGUUGUCCUCAAGAACCAGCCUCUUACCUGGUACAAGCAGACGACGUUUGGGACACCGAAGGGAGACGAUCCAGUGGUUCUGAACCUGACGACAAUGGGAAAAGGUGAAGUUUGGGUUAAUGGCCAAAGCAUUGGACGCUACUGGGUGUCAUUCCUCACCCCUUCUGGCCAUCCUUCUCAAGCCUUGUACCAUAUUCCAAGAGCAUUUCUCAAAGAGGGUGGAAAUCUUUUGGUGAUGUUUGAAGAAGAAGGUGGAGAUCCCCUUGGAAUCUCAUUGAACACGGUUUCGGUUAUCGGUCCUAACCAACAACGGUCCCCAUCUCAAUUUGUCCGAUGAUUAUUUUUAGGAAAAUAUUUUAAAAAUAAUAACAUUAUUAUUCAAACGUUGUGUGCGCUCUUUGCAUGCAUGUUGACGGAGACAACACGAAAUCUUAGAAUGGCAAAUAAGAUGGAUUGAACCUAUGAUUGUGGAUUCUAAGAACAGACGUUGGCCAUCGUGACAAAGGACUUAACACUAACGCCAUUUAACACGACUUUAAAAAAAAAAAAA